AUGACUGAUCUUUUACAUAAAUUUAAUUUCAAAGUAGCUGAUGCAUCACCAGAAUAUAAGCAUCGUAGAAAAAUACAAAUGAUUAGAUUUUUCACUGCAUCAGCUAUCACUAUAUUUGCAUCUAGAUUUGCUUAUAAAUCAACGAUUUCAAGACAAUACAUCCCUACAUUAUUUCAAGGUAAUCAUUUACCUCCAUUAUCUUAUAACUUCACAACUGAUGCAGCUGUAGCUGUAGGUACAGGUACUUUAUUAUGUGGAUCAGUUUCAUCGAUGGUUAUAUUUGGUAUUGGUUGGUGUUUAGACGUAUCUAAUUUUAAAGAAUUUGGUUGGAGAAUGAAGACUGUAUUUGGAGGUUAUGAGAAUGAAAGAAAAUUGAGUAAAUUGCCUAUGGAUGAGGAGAGUAAAUAUAUUCAAGAUAGUCUAAAUGAUAUAUUGGAAGGUAAAUAUGAUUUUGAAGAGGAAGUGGAGACUCCAAAAAAGUAA